UUCCCGCGAACCGGAGCUGACGGGUGCUUUGUCCGAACCCACGCCGACCGUUUCAACCGAACAGAACCGUUUUUUCUUUCUUCAGUCUCUGAACCUCCGCACUGCUGGUCCAUCAUGUCUGGCUUCGACGACCCCGGGAUCUACUACAGCGACAGCUUCGGCGGAGGCGAUGGACCCGGCGUGGAUGAAGGCGGACAGAAGCGGAUGCAGAUCAAGAAGCGGUUCCGAGAAUUUCUGCGACAGUUCAGAGUCGGAACCGACCGCACUGGAUUCACUUACAAAUACAGAGAUGAGCUAAAGAGGCACUACACCCUGGGAGAGUACUGGGUGGAGGUGGAGAUGGAGGACCUGUCCAGUUUCGACGAGGAUCUGUCCGACUGUCUGUACAAAGUUCCCUCGGACAACCUGCCGCUGCUGGAGGAAGCAGCGAAGGAGGUGGCAGAUGAGGUGACCCGCCCCCGUCCUGUGGGAGAGGAGACAGUGCAGGACAUCCAGGUCAUGCUGAAGAGCGACGCGCACCACGCGUCCAUCCGCAGCCUGAAGUCGGAGAUGGUGUCUCGUCUGGUGAAGGUCCACGGCAUCAUCAUCUCGGCCACAGCGGUGAAAGCCAAGGCCACCCGUGUCUGCCUGCAGUGUCGCGGCUGCCGCGCCGUGGUCAACAACAUCCAGCUGCCGCCAGGUCUCCAAGGCUACGCUCUGCCACGCAAGUGCAACCAGGAUGGCGCCGGACGGGUCAAGUGUCCCAUCGACCCGUACUUCAUCGUCCCAGACAAGUGUGUGUGCGUGGACUUCCAGACGCUCCGCCUGCAGGAGUCUCCGGACGCGGUUCCGCACGGAGAAAUGCCACGUCACCUCCAGCUCUACUGCGACAGGUACCUGUGUGACCGCGUCGUCCCCGGCAACAGAGUCACCAUCAUGGGAAUCUAUUCCAUCAAGAAGAUGGCGGCAGUGAAGCCCAAAGGCCGAGAGAAGGGUCCAGGGGUGGGGAUCCGGGCGUCGUACCUGAGGGUGGUCGGCAUUCAGAUGGACACCGAGGGAGCAGGUCGGGGAGCGACCGGGUCGGUGUCACCUCAGGAGGAGGAGGAGCUUAGGUCCCUCGCCGCCACUCCCAACGUCUACGACUCCCUGGCUCGCUCCGUGGCACCCUCCAUUUAUGGCAGCGCCGACCUGAAGAAGGCCAUCACCUGCCUGCUGUUCGGGGGCUCCAGGAAGAGGCUUCCGGACGGUCUGACCCGGCGAGGAGACAUCAACCUGCUGAUGCUGGGAGACCCAGGCACAGCCAAGUCGCAGCUGCUGAAGUUCGUGGAGCGCUGCUCGCCUAUCGGGGUCUACACCUCCGGGAAAGGCAGCAGCGCGGCAGGUCUGACUGCCUCUGUGCUCAGGGACCCCAGCACUCGCGGCUUCAUCAUGGAGGGGGGCGCUAUGGUGCUGGCGGACGGAGGAGUGGUGUGUAUCGACGAGUUCGACAAAAUGCGGGAGGACGACCGGGUGGCCAUCCACGAGGCCAUGGAGCAGCAGACCAUCUCCAUCGCCAAGGCCGGCAUCACCACCACGCUCAACUCUCGCUGCUCCGUUCUGGCCGCCGCCAACUCCGUGUUCGGCCGCUGGGAUGACACUAAGGGAGAGGACAACAUCGACUUCAUGCCCACCAUUCUGUCGCGUUUUGAUAUGAUCUUCAUCAUCAAGGACCAGCACGACCAGCAGAGGGACAUGACCCUGGCUCGCCACGUGAUGAACGUCCUGAGCGCGCAGACGCAGACGGAAGGGGUGGAGGGCGAGAUCCUACUUGCCACCUUCAAGAAGUACAUCGCGUACUGCAGAGCUAAGUGUGGGCCGCGACUCUCGGCCGCCGCUGCUGAGAAGCUGAAGAACAGAUACGUGGUGAUGAGGAGCGGAGCCAGAGACCACGAGAGGGAGACUGACAAGAGAGCCUCCAUCCCCAUCACUGUCAGACAACUGGAGGCCGUGGUGCGAAUCGCAGAGUCUUUGGCGAAGAUGAAGCUGCAGGCUGUGGCUGGAGAAGAGGAAGUGGACGAGGCUCUCAGACUCUUCCAGGUGUCCACCUUGGACGCGGCUCUGAGCGGAAGUCUGUCAGGAGUGGAAGGCUUCACCACGCAGGAGGACCAGGAGAUGAUUUCUCGCAUUGAAAAGCAGUUGAAGAGACGAUUUGCCAUCGGCUCCCAAGUUUCUGAACACAGCAUCAUCCAGGACUUCACCAAGCAGAAAUAUCCGGAGCACGCCAUCUUCAAAGUUCUGCACCUGAUGCUGCGGCGGGGGGAGCUGCAGCACCGCAUGCAGAGGAAAGUGCUCUACAGAGUCAAGUAGAAACACGCCGGUCGUUCAUGUAAAUAGUUUUGACGUCUGCUGGUGGGAGCUCUUCUGUGUUCGUGUGGAGGGAAGAUCGGUGUUCGAUCGACACGGAGGUGAAGAACUGUUGACAAUUAAAGGGUUUGGCAUCAGUUUAUUGGCUUGUUUCGGUGUAGAAAUGGACGAUGCAUGUAACGGCUCUGCGCAGCAACAGGUCGGAUUGUGCCGCACUAAAGGAUGUAUAUUCCCAUUCCAAUGGUUGCGAUGGUGACGCAGAGGCCCACUGUCAACUGCAUGACGGGGGAAAAUGAGAAAGUGGCACUUGUGCUCGUCGGUGGAUCCGUUCCUGCUGCGAUGCUCAGCAUUUUCUGCAAGUCAUCAAAAACCUGCGAGGAGGAACACGGAAAUGGCUUAGUCAGCAAAUUUGUCAUGAAGCAA